GCAACUUGCAACCGAACAUCCCGCUUCCGAUUAAUAAUUGUAUACUCUCCAAGACACUUUGGAAAUACCGCUGCUGUAUUUUUGAAGGUUUACUUCGAUUAAUAUACAAUUAGCGUCUAUAAACAACUAUAUCACAGGCAAAUCAUCAUCUAGCACCUUGCAACGUCUAGCUCCCGCACCGACCAGCCAUGUUCACAGGACUUGUCGAGGAGAUUGGAGUACUCUCCAAAAUUGUCAAGGAUGAAGCUACAAACAGCUCCGAAUUGACGAUUUCAGUACCAUCUGGUUCCGGCCUUCUCGCCGACUGCCACGAUGGUGACUCAAUCGCCGUAAAUGGCUGCUGCCUUACUGUCACCUCCUUCACAGCCACCGAGUUUACUGUUGGCGUAGCCCCAGAAACACUGCGAGUUACCAACCUUGGUACUUUGGUUGAAUCUGGCCGUGUGAACCUGGAGCGUGCUAUUCGCGCUGAUACUCGCAUGGGUGGUCACAUUGUUCAAGGACAUGUUGAUACCACAGCUGAGAUCCUCUCAGUCCAACCAGAUGGCAAUGCUUUGACUUUCCGAUUCAAGCCCCAAAAGCCCGAAUUUUUGAAAUACAUUGUCCACAAGGGCUUCAUUGCCAUCGACGGUACCAGCUUGACCAUUACACAGGUGAACGAUGCCGAGGGGUGGUGGGAGAUUAUGAUGAUUGUGUAUACCCAGGAUAAGGUUGUCGUGGCCCAAAAGAAGGCUGGUGAGCUUGUUAAUAUCGAAGUUGAUAUGAUGGCUAAGUAUGCCGAGAAGUCUCUCAUCAGCAUUCUCGGUGGAAGCGAUGGUCAGGCUUCCAUCCCCUUGCUGGAGAAGAUGAUCCAGCGUAUUGUCGAGCAGCACACAAAGUAGUGGCUCAAACUAGACCGAGACAUUGUUAGAGCAACAGAAUUUUGUAAAAUAAAGCAUGAAACUCACAUAUUCCUCUC